CAGAUUAGAGAUGUGCGGAUGCCGCGUCAAUUCGCUCCGAAAAAGUCAGGAGUGCAUCUUUUAGCAUGCCUGUCAUUGUACCGAGCACUCCUUAGAGAGUGUGGAAAGUUCUCUAGAGCAGUCACCUUUAAGCAGCAGCAGCAGCAGCAGCACCAUCCCGCCGCCGCAGUUCACCACCACCACCACCACCCGAUCAAAGGCACGCUGCGGUCGAUCGUGAGAUGGCGGUUUGACAAGGACCGGGACAUCCUGUCUCCUCCUCAAGUGGCCAACGGUCUCGCGGCUGGCUAUGGGUUUCUGGAUCUGUUGCGGUCCUGCACGGCGGGUUCCACGCAGUCCCUCGUCCGACUCACUCAGACUCUCGAGACCAUGAGCACACGAGCCGAGGAGACGGCGACGCGACGGGCCAAGUUCGCCUCCUCGUGGAAACCACCGCCGGCGCACCACCGCCGAAGGCUGGAACAUUUCCGGAAGAUCAAAGACCCGGCCAACUACGAGCACGACCCUUCGGACCCCCGGAUCUUCCACCACCCUGCCCCCCUGGCCUCGAUCAAGUCCGGGGUCCGCAAGGUCCCCAACCUCAUCGUCACCCAGGGCAUCCCCGUCCUCAAGUACCCCGGUCCCCAGCCCGUGUUGAUCAACCGGGUCAUCAAGAACAAGGUGAAAUGGGGGGUGAAGAAAUUCAACCAGCACAAGAUGUUGGAGGAUUUGAGGGACAUCGCAGAGUGUGAGGACGAAUGGGAUGACAUUGUGAGGAAUCGCCAUGGCGUCGACAAGAGAGGUCGUGAAGGGGAGGAAAAGUGGGUGCAGAGUAUUCGUGAAGCCGACUCUCACUUGGAAAGGAGACUGGCGGAACAAAUGAAGAAGAAUACAGAGUUGAGUGGAAAGUUUCAUGAGAUUGUCCUCGCGGAAAGAGAAUUGAAGGAAAAGGAACGAAGAGAGGCCAGGCACCAACGGCGCAUGGCUAGGAAGAAGAGAGCAGUAGAGGAAAGUGGUGCUGUCGAGACUACUACUGUACCUGCACAAGGAGAACACAAGUCUCCCGACCACGGCAAAACACGAUGAGAGAUGUGCGUCUUGUUAAUACCCCGGUGCGUGGGUUCGAGAUACUGUAAAAUAAUGCUGCCACAUUAUCAACACUCGAACAUUGUAUCAUUAUUGUAAUAAAACACAGAGGAAACAUUGAAGUAAUAAUGGAACAAA